AUGACUACAUUCCUCCUCCGCGACAUCCGCAUCUUUACUGGCGAAGAGACCAUCGACGAAGGGUUCGUUCAUGUACAAAAUGGCAAGAUCAAGGCCCUCGGUCGGAUGAGUGAUGCGCCGCUCGAUCCAGUAAAAACCUACUCCAAACCAGGACAUACUGUUCUUCCAGGGUUGAUUGACUGUCACAUCCAUGCAGACAAGGCCGAUCCAGAAGCCCUGCCUCAAGCUCUACGCUUUGGUGUGACUACCGUGUGCGACAUGCACAACGAGUUAGAGAACGUACAAAAGCUGAAGAAGCAGACCAUGGAACCCGACACCGCUUCGUACAAGACGGCAGGCCAGGCUGCUACUAUUGAGAAUGGCUGGCCUAUACCUGUCAUCACAGCCCAUGACAAGACUCCAGAGACCGCAGCGGCGAUUGCGAAAUGGCCAAAACUGACGGACCGGGAUAGUGUGGUGGAGUAUCUAGAAUGGACUGGGAGGGAGAUGCAACCAGAUUACAUCAAACUCAUGCACGAGAGCGGAACUGCCAUGGGUCAGAACUUUAGUUAUCCUUCGGUCGAACUGCAAAGUACGAUCAUUUCAGAGGCCAAAAAGCGGGGAUACUUGACCGUUGCACAUGCUCUAUCCAUGCAAGAUACACUCGAUGUUCUCAAUGCAGGUGUCGACGGUCUCACACAUACGUUCCUCGACCAGCUGCCGACCCAAGAGCUAGUAGAUGCAUACAAAAGAAACAACGCAUGGGUCAACCCGACACUUGCUGCGAUAGGCAGUCUGACGACGGAGGGGAAAGAGCUGCAGCAUCGAUUUGCACAUGAUCCCAGGGUAGAAGGAUUGAUCAACGAAGAUCGUGUAGGCAACAUGUGCAGGUGCAUGGGCUUUGCUGCUGGGAAAGGGAAAGUGGAGAUCGCAUAUCAAGGCGUGAAAAGAUUGAGAGAAGCGGGGGUCGACAUUGUGUGUGGAAGUGAUUCCGCAGGUCCUGCAGUAGGGACGGCAUUUGGCCUGUCGAUGCAUCACGAAUUGUACCUUCUCGUAAACAAGGUUGACAUGACACCUGCCGAGGCUUUGCGCUCGGCCACAAGCCUGAUCGCCAAACGCUUCAAAUUCACGGAUCGUGGUCGCCUGGCUGAGGGGCUGAACGCAGAUUUGUUACUGGUAGAAGGAAACCCACUUGAAGACAUUGAUGCGACUCUAAAUAUCCGCGGUGUUUGGCGGGAAGGCAGUCUUUGUAGCACGUAUCUUGCAAAGCUUGAAGCUGGUGUCGAGCCCCUGAUGGGUUGA